AAUGAAGCUCGUCACAGUUUUAUGCGUUUUGGUGGUAGCAGCCUUUGCAUCUGCUGGCGAAGAUACAUACACUGAUCGUUUCGACAACGCGGACGUUCAGGAGAUCCUCGCAAACCGGCGGCUGCUUAUUGCCUACCUCACUUGCGUCCUUGAAGAAAAGGCCAAGUGUACGGCGGAAGGACGUGAACUUAAAUCAAACAUUAAGGAGGCUCUAGAAACCUACUGCAAGAAAUGCACAAAAGUCCAAUUCGAUUGGACGCGUCUUGUGAUCGCCCAUCUCAUCAACAAAGAACCGGCUUACUGGGACAAGCUCGUCGCCAAAUACGACCCAGAUCACAAAUACACUCACAAAUAUGAGAACGAACUGAGAGAAAUCAAGGGUUAUAAAGCUCCUAAUAUGAAGACCAUCGUUUGCCUGUUCGCCUUAGUGGCUGUAUGCUUCGCCAGGCCCGAGAAGUAUACUGAUAAGUAUGACAACAUCGACUUGGACGAAAUCCUGGCCAACCGUCGUCUGCUUAUUCCGUACCUCAAAUGCAUACUGGAGGAAGGCAAAUGCUCUCCCGAAGGGAAGGAGCUGAAAUUGCACAUCAAAGAAGCUCUGGAAAACAACUGCAAGAACUGCACAGACGCCCAGAAAAAGGGUACGAAGAAAGUGAUCGCUCAUCUCAUCAACAAGGAGAAGGAGUACUGGGAUCAGCUCUGUGCCAAAUACGACCCCGAACGCAAAUACGUCAAUAUCUACGAGAAGGAACUUAAAGAAGUUGCGGCCUAGAAAAUCUUAUCUUAUCGUAGCUUAUCUUUUGGACUAUUUAAAACUGACUAGUAUCUAAUAUUAUAAUGAGCACUUAUAAUGAUAUAGGGUACAAGCUCCAAACAGUGUUACAUAAUAUGUAUUAUUUAAAUUCAUUAUAGUGUGCUCAUAAAGUGCUGAAUAACUUGAAAAACAACAGGC